GAAUUGUGCUUUGUUUUGAGAUCUAUUUAUGUUAGAAGUUAGAACUUACAAUUUUGUGUAUGUUUGAUUGUUAGGUCUUCUUUAUUAUCUAAUAAUAAUAUGAAAAAAUAAGGAAAAAAAUUGGCAGUUUUUGCCUUUUGGUGUAUGGUAUUGUGGAAGUGGUUGGCAUCCGUCAAGAAAAAAUGGCUUACUUAUUGAUUAAUAUAAUCUCAUUGUCCGUGAUGUUGAUUAUAAAGGGUUUAAAAAGUCAUUUGUUUUGUGUACAUAAAGUGUUUGCUGAAAUCUGAGGGAUGGAAGUGAAUUUAAAGCAACAAAGCUGAAUAUACUAAUUUUGGCUGCAGAGUCAGUCAUCUUCAAUCAAUAAUCAGUUAAAAAGAAGAAAGAAAAAAUGUGUUUGAUUGUGAUAGUUAUAAUUUCUGGUGCCAAUAUUAAUCACAUAAGUUUCUGUGAUCAUCGGAGUACAUCAGAAUCGUGUUUGUUAAGAGUAAUGUAAAACUCUAUUUUGAUUAGUUGAUGAACAAUCUAUUUUUUUGCAAGGAAAUCCCCUGCUACUGGUAUUGCAACUUCUCUUUAAUAGGAGUAUUUAAAGUUUGAUAGAUGACCAAAGUUUUUUAAGAAACUAAAAAUGUAAAAAAAUUAUAAGCGAUACCAUUCCAAAAUGUUUGCCAGUUAAAAUUCAACAAAAAUCAAGUUUAAAACUUGAAGCAACUGUCAGAUCUUUCUCUUUCACACGUAUGAAAAUCAAGCUUCAAAGUUUGAAAGACUUCUAAGCAAAGCAAAAAUCCUACCACAAAAGCCAGAGCUCCCCAGUAGCAGCAUCCUAUACUCUCUCUCUCUCUCUCUACAUAUAUGUUAUUUUGUAAGAGGUAACGCUACCUACACAUGGACAUCCCAACUAAAUCGGCGCCUCUUAUAUACACACACCUCUCUCUCUAUCUCUAAGAUUGUGUGAUACUGGUGCUAUAUGGUUGAUAACCGUCCAACGGUCAACGGUCAACAGCCACCCUAACUGAGUCGAAGUCCUGGAUUCGUCUCUAAUUACAACCGAAGAGGAAUAAAAUGAUAGGUCCGGCCAAUUAAACUUUUAAGCUUGCAUAACCCAGAAACUAGGAUCCAAAUGAGGCUUUUCAAUCUCCUGUACAGGGGACAGGUGAAUCUUGAAGUAACAUUGUUCCAUGAAAUGCCUCAGUAAAGCAAUAAAAAAUUACGGCAUUGUUUAUUUAGCUUGCUGGUGGAGAAUUCUACAUGGCAUGGCUAAUCAUCAUCAUAUCGUUAAUUGUACUCUGGGUCGCUUCUCUUUGCAAAUUUUUUUGUGGAUCCUUCCAUGACGCCAAAGCUGCAUUCUUAGAUGAUGGAAGAGUUUUUGGGAGAAACGUCUUACUGGUUAUUGCGCAUCCUGAUGAUGAGUCCAUGUUCUUUACUCCAACCAUUAAUUACCUAACUUUGAGGGGACAUGAUCUUUACAUACUAUGCUUGUCAACUGGUGACGCAGAUGGGAUGGGUAGCAUUAGAAAAGAAGAACUCUUUCUGGCCUCCGCAAUACUCAAGAUUCCUCACCAGCAAGUGAAGAUUCUGGACCAUCCAGAUUUGCAGGAUGGUUUUGGUAAAGUAUGGGAUUGGAAUCUAAUAGCAGGAUUUGUUGAGGACGAAAUCUGUACCCGUGCUAUUGACUCAAUCAUUACAUUUGAUCACUAUGGUGUCUCUGGUCACUGUAACCAUCGUGAUGUGGGUCGAGGUGUACAAAAGCUGUUGCAUGAUUUUUCAGAAAGACCUCUGGAAGCCUGGGAGCUUGUGAGUAAGAGCAUAUUCCGCAAGUACAGUGGACCAGUUGAUAUCUGGUUAUCCAAGUUAUUUGCCUUGUUUUUUGAUAGUAGACAUUUACAAUGCUUGCUCAAUGAAGAUCCCAGUAAGACUUAUGCUGCAAUGGCUCAGCACAGAAGCCAAUGGAUUUGGUUUCGAAAGCUUUUUGUGUCGUUUUCUAGUUAUACUUAUGUCAACACGCUUAAGAGGAUUCACUGAAUAGGUGAUUAUAAGGUUGCAGACCUGUCUAAACAUUGAAGUACCUCCCAGUUGCUACCCACGUUGCUGAAGGUUAUCUUUCAAGAUAAUAAGUUAUAUAAAUCUGGAGAUGGUCCUAAAGUUUGUUCAGUUUGUAUUGAUGUACAUUUGACAGCUUUGACAUGCAUUUCUACACCAUUAUAGUUUAGAAUAGGAUAUGUCGGAUUAGAGAGUGAUUUGAUCUCUAAAGACGAAGCUUUUGUUAUAACUCGACUUCAUUUCUUUAAAUUGAAUUCGUUCUUUCAUAUGCUA